AAAAACAAAACAAACAAACACUAGAAUGUGUUUUCUUUGAAUUGUCAAAUAAUCGCAUUUUUUUUAUAAAUAUUCGUGUAAAAAAAUAUGUGCGGGAUACUAUGUGAAAUUAGUCGUCUAGAAUCUGGCAUAUUAAAAGAUUCUCAAACUCUUCAUUGUAUCCAUAGAAGAGGACCAGAUGGUUUUAAAACUGUAGAAGUGAACUUAAAAGCCAUUAAUUUAUAUUUUUGUGGAGCAGUAUUAUGGAUGCAAGGGUCUCAUCCAGUUUUACAGCCCCUUGAAAAUGACAAAGGAAUUCUUUUGUACAAUGGUGACAUAUUUGACUGGAAUUGGGACCAAGAAAAAAAUGAUACUGAGAUUAUCCUGGGUAGAUUCAAAACAGCUGUAUCCAUAGAAGAAAUAGUCAACGAGAUAAAAAAAUUGAAAGGUCCAUUCAGUUUGAUUUAUUUUAACAAAUCAACCAAUGAAAUAAUUUUUUGCAGGGAUAUAAUUGGAAGAAAUUCCUUGUUGUUUUGCAAUGACGGUAAUUCAAUAAAAAUAAGCAGUGUUUUAGGUCGAACGUAUGAAUGUAUUGAAAUACCAGCAACAAAUAUUUAUAUACUAAAUUUAACCACAUAUAAAGUUCAACUGUAUCCAUGGGAUAACAAUAUGUUAGAACACGAGUAUAAAAUAGAUGAAUGGUUACAAUCUGUUAAAUUACUACAGAACCUUGACAACAAUUUUGACUUGGAUUGCAACUUGGAUUUGGAUUUUAACUAUGAGGACAGUGUCACAACAUGGAUUGAAAUUACUGCUCAAAAAACUAAUGAUAAAAUUGCAAUAAUGAAUACUCUCCUGAAUAAUACUGAAAUAAGAAAAUCUGUUGUCAAAAUACUGGAUUUACUAGAUAAGAGUGUAGAAUUACGAACCAAAACACAACCAAUGAAAUGCAAAAAUUGUCUGUACAGUACAAAUUUCUGUGACCAUUCCUCUCUUGGAAUCUUGUUUUCGGGAGGACUUGAUUGUACAAUAUUGGCUUAUUUAGUUGACAAACAUUUACCUAAGGAACAAAGUAUAGAUCUUAUAAAUGUUGCUUUUAAAAAGGAUAAAAAUACAUAUGAUGUUCCAGACAGAUUGACUGGUAAGCAAUCUUUAGAAGAGUUGAAAGAAUUGUGUCCACACAGAAAUUGGAUAUUUAAAGAAAUAAACAUACCAAAUGAUGUGUUGUUAGAAAACCAAGAAAAAGUUAUUGCAGAUUUAAUAUAUCCUAGACAGACAAUUUUGGAUGAAAGCCUGGGGUCAGCAAUGUGGUUUGCUGCACAGGGAAAUGAUGGAGAAAUAGUGUCACCAUGCAGGGUUUUGAUAUUAGGUUCUGGGGCUGAUGAAUUAUUUGGUGGCUAUACUAGGCAUAGAAAUGCUUUCAAACGCAAUGGUUGGAUAGGUCUUCAUAAGGAGUUGCUUUUUGAUUGGAAAAGAAUUUCAUUCAGAAACUUAGCAAGAGAUAAUCGCGUUAUUUCCGAUCAUGGACGACAGCCUAGAAUGCCAUAUCUAGAUGAGGAUUUCACUCAGCAUGUUUUGGAACUGAAGCCAUGGUUCAAAUGUUUUCCAAGCGAAGAUUUAGGACCUGGAAUAGGUGAUAAACUUUUCUUACGACUUACUGCAUUUCAUCUUGGACUACAAAAAGUUGCGGUGUUGCCUAAAAGAGCGUUGCAAUUUGGAUCAAGAAUAGCUAACAAAAAAGAGAAAGUGACAGUGUCAUUUUGUUUGACAAUUUCAGGCGAUCAAAAUUCUAUGCAUUUCAAAAAUGGCUGCAAAUCGACGAAAGCAGGACGACAAAAAUUUAGAAAUUUUACGUGAAUUAAUCUCUUUAAAUGGUAAUAAAUAUUGUUUAGAUUGUAACCAAAGAGGACCAACAUAUGUUAAUACUACAAUUGGAUCCUUUGUGUGUUCGAAAUGUUCGGGAAUGUUGCGUGGCCUCACACCUCCUCAUCGUGUAAAGUCAAUAUCCAUGGCCACUUUUACUCCCGAAGAGAUUGAUUUAAUUAAAACCAGAGGCAACGACUACUGUAGGCGUGUGUGGUUAGGCCUUUACGAGGGUGAAAGUGUUAACUUCACAGAUGAACAAAGCGUGAAAGAUUUCAUGUCGGAUAAAUAUGAAAAGAAACGUUACUACUUGGAAUCGCAGGCAAAUCCUGUUGUCAAUGGGGGUUCAUCUGUAACAAGUAAAUCAAAAGUUAAAGCUGCUAGUGCGUCGCCUCUGAUAGCGAUAUCGCCGCAGUCGUCAAAAACUUCCGUGAAUAAUAAUACCGUGGUGAAAACUUGUAAAGUGACAAAUAGUUAUCUGGCAUCAGUGAAUGAAACUAGUAGUAAAUUAGCUCGUCCAGUGGUAAACUAUCCACAACCAGUGCUCAGUCACAUUAAUGUGCCAGUACAAAAUGUUGCGCCACCUGUACCUGAUUUUCCAGUAGAUUUUUCAACUGCAAAUAUUUACAACAGUAGCCAGGUGAAUAAUAACAUGAACAACAAUAUGGUCACUCAAACACUUGCAGCAAAAGCACAAACUGUAAAUGCCUUUAAUUCGCCUGCUUCCUCAACAAAUGAUAGAUAUGCUGCUCUUGCAGAUUUAGAUCUGGCUUUGAGACAACAAAACAUGAAAAAUAUGGAGGAACCUCACAAUGUUAUUAAUAAAAACCCAUUCCAAAGCUCGUCAACCAAUGAUUUCUUUGCUAAUAAAAAUCCAUUUUUUAAUGGAGGAUGGAGUUCUUCUACACAAGUUCCAGUAAAUCCAUUUUUGCCAUCGGUUAACAACGGAGGAUUUGUGAAUUCAAAUAAUCCAUUUCUGUAACUUGAUGGAAUGAAGAAACUGGAUUAAAGCGAUAAAGGAACAAAUUAUGCAACAAAAGCACAAAUCAAGCUACAAAGUUAUACACCUAUUAUUAAUAAAUUAUGUAAAAUAGAUUUAUAAUAUUUAUAGCAGUUCAUGUUUUGCCAUAGUGGUAAUCUCCUUUUUACUAUAUUCUAUUUUUUGUAAAUUUAACAUGCUUAAAAUGGUUGUAACAGUCAGUGCCUCAAUCUGCCUUAAUUGUCAUGAGAAAGUUAAAUAUUUAUAUAAGUAUUAAAAUAUCAUAAAUGAAAAUGGUUACUUCGUUGUGGUCGGUACAUUAGAAUUAGAAUGAAAUACUGGUCUUAGCUUUAUUCUAAAUUAUUGAUAACCCAUUCAUUGGUAGGUAGUUUCCAAAUGAUGCUAAUGAAAUGUAUAGUUUUUAGAAAAUAUACAUUUGUAAUGACCUUGUAUUGCUUCAUGUUCAUAUUCAUUGCCUAAAUUUGUCAUUGUUUACUUAUUAAUUCACAUUUAGCCGCAGUCAACGUCUGUGAGUCAUAUUUGAUAAGCACAUUUUUCUUAAGCGUCAUUGACUGAUAAAGUGUGAUUAUAGUUUCUUUACUAUACUAUGGAUAGUGGUCUUAUUAUAAGACAAAAGUUGGAGUACAAAAUUGUGUGACUAUUGUAUGUUCUGGGAACAAUAGUUUGAUCUUAAAGCCAUAUCUAUGUAAAAUGUUUAUUAUUGUACCAACUAUUUUUAUCGCAAUGACAACUAUGGUGUUGUAGAAUAUUGACAUCUCUUCUUUUUAAUAUACUUGUAUUCGUCGUUAUAGAAAUAAUUAAGAAGUACCUGGUAAUUUAUGAACACAGGGGUCUUGAAACCACAUGACUUUCAACAAAUAAGCUUGAUAAGUGUGCCUUAUUUUGAAACUAAAAACUCAACUAGUUAUAGAGAUGUAAGUGUACUUACUAACUUAUAUCUCCUGCUAGUCACGUCAAAUAUGUUAUACAGUUUUGUUCACACCGUUUGGUCGGAACAAAUUAAUGAGUUAUCCUUCCUAUUGGAUGUUACGGCGAUAACUUUGUUACAGUUUUGGAUGAAAGCACACUAAAUAUUAAGAUAAUAACACAAAUAUCCCUUUUUCACAUUUCUGUGUAUUAUUUCAGCUUUAUAAAAUGUAAAAGAUUUAAGUGGAUUGUUUAUAUACAAAUAUAUUAAAUUUUAAUAACUUUUUUAUACAAAACAUAAUUGCAUUGACAUACAUAAUGAAAUGAGCUCUCGAAACAUGUAUUUCAUCUGUGAUUAUAAUCAGUAAUUUUAUUUUUAAUUGCAAUGAGCUAAUUUGAACAAAUCUUAUUUUUAAUCAAUGCACUUUGCUAUUUAUUUAGUUUUAGUUGUUUUUUACUGCUUGAGCACUAAGAUCUGUUAAUUUGUAUAGAAGUUGUAAAAAUU